AUGCGGAUCUCGGCAUCCGGACUCAUGCUGCAGGUGCGCAAGGUCGCGCGGGGCCGACGCUGCUUCUCCAUGUACGUGCCCGCGCACGAGGCGCCGGACGACGACGCCAUGAGCAAGCUGCAAGAGAUGCUGUAUCAUGCAUCCAAGGUCGUCGUGCUCACAGGCGCGGGUAUCUCGACCGAGAGCGGGAUCCCCGACUACCGCUCCAAAGGCGUCGGGCUCUACGCCCGCUCCAACCACAAGCCGAUCGAGCACCGCGACUUUAUGAGCCACGAAGCCGUGCGGCAGCGGUACUGGGCGCGCAACUACAUGGCCCGCCACCAGUGGCAAGGCGCGCAGCCCAAUGCCAACCACGUCGUCCUCGCGCAGUGGCAGCACGACUCGCGGGGCGACGUUCGCAUCGUGACGCAAAACGUCGACCGGCUGCAUCAGAAGGCCGGCGCACGCGACGUCAUUGAGCUCCAUGGCUCCAUGGACGAAGUGCGCUGCAUGAACCCGGCGUGCGACGCGCCCGCGAUGGCCCGCGAAGACUUUCAGGUCGUCCUCGACGCCCUCAACCCAGGGUUUGUCGAGAAGGUGCAGGCCGACAACGAGACGCUGGCAAAUGCCAUGCAAGUGCGACCGGACGCCGACAUGUACCUCUCGACCGAGAUGGAGCGGCUCUUCCAUGUGGCCCACUGCCCAUUAUGUCGCAUCGGGUUUUACAAGCCCAACGUCGUCUUCUUUGGCGACUCGGUCGCGCCGGCUACCGUGCAGCAGAUCUACCAUGACGUCGACACAGCGGACGCGAUGCUGGUGCUCGGGUCCUCGCUGCAUGUGUUCUCGGGGUACCGCUUCCUCCUCCGCGCCAAAGACGCCCACGUGCCGAUCGGGAUUGUCAACAUUGGCCCGACGCGCGGCGACGGCCUUGCGACGGUCAAGGUCAACGCCAAGUGCAGCAGUGUCCUGAGCGAGCUGCACUUGGUCUAGUUGUAGAUAGCAAGCGCGUUGAAAGACUAAAAAACACACGCAAGAAGAGACGAAGUAGAGGCUGCGUCUUAAGACAUGA